AUGUUUGUAAAUUCACAAAAGAAGCUUGGAUUUUGUCCAGUCAAACCAGCAAGUGAUGAGUCAUCAUCGUCUGCACCAUCAGUCACUAGUCAAUGUAGAACUCAAAUUAAUAUAAAUGUUGAGAAUGCAUCAGUACCAUCGCAAGUGCAAUAUGUCUCUGUACAGAUCAUUGUACCAAGAUGCCCAUUGAAAUCGAACACACCAUCAGAAGUACCAGUUGCUAGGUUAACAUCUGUAUAUGUAUCCAGUUACCAUGCAUAUGUCACAACACCAUUGACAUCUAGUCAACAAGCAAAACUUGAACGAGCAACAAGAAAAAAGACACCGUCUGCGGUGGCACACAUCAUAACAAAAGAAUGUCCCUCUGUUGAAAUGGCAAUAAAAAGAAAUAUUUUGAAUGGAUGUAAUACUUCUUGUGAAAAAGUCUGCAGAAGACAAACUAGAUCUUCUGUGUUAUAUUCAAGUGGUGAACAGUUUGAAGCCAUGGAUGAUUUCAAUAUCAAUAAACUAUGGCUGGAAAUGAAAAUAACUCAACCUUUUCUUAUCGACUUGAUGAAUGCCACAACAGGAAAUCCAGUUGACAUUGACAACACAACUGAAGAAGUGAAGGUUAACUAUUGCUUCAUUUACUCCAUUCUUAUGAAUAUGCGACGGCAUGAACUGAGUCUUUUUCAACGGAUAAACACAGUUCUUUUAAUUGAAGGUGGUUGUGGAAAACAGGUAAUCACUUAUAACUAGAAUCAGAUUCAUAUGAAUGAAAUAGAUAUUAAGUAUAUUUAUCUCACAUAUUGACAAUGCUUACACAUAUAUGCAGGACCACUGAGAGAAUUAGCGGGGCCCGGCGCAAGUCUUCUCUGGGGGCCCCAUGGCAUCAUUCAGCCUAGUCCCAGUCGUUCUGAAGCAAGCGCGAGAAAAAACGUGGAUGUAGUACGAGACUGGGACCUAGGUGUGACGUCACCGCUAAAGGUGCUUCAGAAUGCCUAGCAGAUUUCAGUAUUUUUAAUAUGGCGGAAAAUUUAUAUAUACAAAUAACCUUGUAUAAAUAUGACAAUGUUCGUUGAUCAUGUUCGAUGUCUACAUAACCAAAUUCAAACUGUAUUAAAAAUGUGCUCAAUUGAAACAUAUAUACAAAUUUACGAUACUGAGUCUGAGCAAUGGUCGUAUAAUCGUUGAUGAUAUUUAUCUACUUGCAAGUUGUGAUCAACACUAGACCAUGAUACUGGUAUACACAACUACGCUUUCUAGUUGACAGUUUUAAGUAGCUGAGGAGAUUGGAAAUAUUUCCCGACAUGACUGUGUUGUCAAAACAUUUUUAGUCGGAGACUCUGCAUAAUUUUCAAGCUUCUAGAUAUCAUUUAAAGCCUAUUUCAUUGUUCCGACAGCAUUAGAGCAGAACUAAUGACUUAAUUAUAAACGCAAAGGAAAUUUCCAUAACAUUUUCCAUUUACAAAUGCGGUAUACUUCGUAACCAGGCCAGGGACCACUUUUUUGAAAUCAGGGACCAUUUUACCGAAAUCUGCUAGGCUGUCUCGCUGAAGUGUUCCACACAGCACACCCAGGCAUAAAAUUUUUAAGACUCACUUAAAUAUAUCAAAGCAGCGAAUAGAGAGAGCCUGGGACUAGGCUGGGCAUCAUUAUCUUGCUAGACCCAACUAUAGACAUUAGCUAGACUGCUUGUGGACCAGACUGGAAAGUUUGCAAAUUGCGCGACCGAGAUCAACAUUUUCUGGAUUUUUGCGCGCCCAGUUUUCGAAUCUGCGCGUUUGGUAUCUGAAUUAGCGGGGUGUAGGUAAAACAUGGCCCUAGGCCAUGGCCCAGGCCAUGGCCCAGUGUAUGGCCCUACCCUUGGCCCACCUGUUUUUUGUUUAAUUUUGAUGUGUAAAUUAUGUCAAAAUUAUUUUAACGUGUUGAGUUCAUAUACGUUUCAUAUAUAUUAUAAAAUAUUGAUUUUAGCUCAUUUCUAAGAUACGAAAUAAGUUUUGACCAGUCACCAGAGCGUUUUACGAUUAGUACAUAAUAUGGACUAUUACAUAAAGUACGAACAACCAAACAACACAUGAUCACGUGAGAGAAUCAAUGUCGGCCGAAUGGCGCACAACUGCAUCGUUUCAUGGGGUGAGUUUUUAUCGUUUCUUGUAGCUUUUUGCUAUCAAUACGAGCAGAUGCUUGUCUUGCAAUUUAAUGUUGAGAACUCUCUAACGUUUAUAAACGUUUGAAUUUUAGAAAAUCGUGUUUAAAAUCAAAAAAUGAAGCGACCGAGGCGAGUUUGAAGAAUUACAUUUGGACGCUGUUUAUAUGUUGAAAUAUUUACAUAUUUACACUUUACAGACUAGAUAAUUCCCAAUAUUCGGAAUCCGCAUAAUUUUGCAACAUUGGGAACUUUUUGACUUGUUUUCAAGUCUGUAAAUCCUGUGUUAUUUGUAUUUAAAAGGUUUCGAUCAUCAAUAACAUAAUUAUCUAGUUCGUAAAGUGUAAAUAUUUCAACAUAUUUUCAAUAAACAGCGUCCAAAUGUAAUUCUUCAAACUCACCUCGAUCGCUUCAUUUUUUAUUUUAAACACGAUUUUCUAAAAUUCAAACGUUUAUAAAUUGCAAGACAAGCACCUGCAAAUUCGUUAAAUUGCAAGACAAGCACCUGCUCGUAUUGAUAGCAAAAAGCUAAAAGAAACGAUAAAAACUCACCCCAUGAAAUGAUGCAGUUGUGCGCCAUGCGGCCGACAUUGAUUCUUUCACGUGAUCAUGUGUUGUUUGUACUUUAUGUAAUAGUCCAUAUUAUGUACUAAUCGUAAAACGCACAGGUGACUGGUCAAAACUUAUUUCGUAUUUUAGAAAUGAGCUCAAAUCAAUAUUAUAUAAUAUAUAUGAAACGUAUAUGAACUCAACACGUUAAAAUAAUUUUGACAUAAUUUACACAUCAAAAUUAAACAAAAAACAGGUGGGCCAAGGGUAGGGCCAUACACUGGGCCAUGGCCUGGGCCUAGGGCCAUGUUUUACCUACACCCUGAAUUAGCGUGUGCGGUUUUAAUUCAUAGUUUUCAGUUUUCACCAAACGUGACAAAGUAAAAUUGUUUAUUACAUUAGUUCAUGUUUUAUGUUAGUUUAUUUGCUUACGAAAUUACGGACAUUUAAAUCAUUACAUUCAUGUACACCACCAUACGAAACGCUCACCAACAUUCAUUGCUUGCCAGAGCCUUUUUUAAGAAUUUGUCCGUGGGGAGAAAGCAAUCUGCAAAAAGGGACCACACUAUUGUAUGUAAUAGUAGGAGGGUCUGGGGGGAUUCUCCCCCAGAAAAUGUUUGAAUUUUUCCACCCCUAGGACUGCAUUUGGUGCAUUUUCAGAACAGAUUUUUGGAUGCACAGCGUUACAUUAUAUACAGUACUUUAGAUAUAUUCUUAUAGAAUCUUCAGUUACAACUCGGUCACUAACUUGUUUCGCCAAUUAGUCUAGUCUUCCAACAACUCAAAUCUAUUGGGUCUGGGAUAUGCUAUCCAAUGAGGCACUGGCUUAAAAUCUAAUGUAUUCAGGACACAAUGUUUAGCAUUUUUAUAGACAUUGAAUUUUUUGAAGAUAAAAGACAGGACAUAAGAUUCACAAAGCAAAUUUCAGUUACUAGAAUAUCAAAUAUUAUUUCCAAAUUCCAUUUUUCGUCCAAUGUUUUGCUGAUAUUUUAGAGAAUAGAGACUUUGACUGGGGACCAAAAUGGUUGAAUGGUGGUGUGGAGUCAUUGGGGCUGGGGGAUUUUUGCUCCCAAGUUAUAUAGUUAAAAAGGGCCCUGUUAAUGCUUGCAAACACUCCAAACAGUACUAUAUAUUGCUAGUCUUGUCUAUAACAUAUUCGUGCACUAUACAUCUACAUGUCUAUUCCACAAAUUAUCUCAAAUUUGUACUUACAGUACCUCAUGGUCCAUUUACAUUACCUUACUAAAUUACUAAUAUAUGUUAUCUUUUAAAUUGCCAAUGUGUGAUCAUAUAUAGGUCAUAUAUAUAUAUAUAUGGAAGGCAGACACCUAAUCGAUGUUUAACUAUUGUAAACUCAGACGUGUGUUCUUGACUGAGUAUUGAAUAAAGACUGUUAAAUUAUUAACUGAUUUGUCAAGUACCCUCAAACGACUAUAUAAAAGCUGCAAACAUGAUUUGUUGGGUCAGCAACCAGGUUAUGGUAAGGACGGUCAUUUGGUUAUUAAAUGUCUUUCAACAGCAACCAGGUGGUAUAGCAAGGAAGAUAUUUCAGUUAUUAAAUGUGUAUAAACAGCAACCAGGUGGUGGCUAG